AUGAAAUUUAUAAUAUAUUCUUCUAUAAUAUAUCUUAUACUUAUUUUACAAAUUGGUAUUAAAGCAGAACAAUUAUCAUUAUCAUUUAUUAAUAUUAUUCCAAAUAUUAUUUCUCAUGGUAGAUUUAUAGAAGAAAAUAUUAUUAAUUCUAAUAUUGAAUUUAAUGAAACAUAUCCAUGGUUAAAUCAAGAUCUUAUAAUUGAUGCUAAUGAAUCAAAUUGUAGUCGAGAUAUUCAUUUAUUAAUAAAAGAUUUAAAUACAAGACAAAUAUGGGCAUUGAAAACAUUGGAUGCUUGGGGUAAAUUUCCUAGUGGAGUAAUGCAAGGAAAUAUCUAUUGGAUUGGUUCUGUAUAUGAAUGUGGACAUCAUUUACGUGGUUUAAAUAAUAGUAUUGUUGAACAACCAUUUCGAACACGUACAUGUGUUAUUAAUAAUGAUUAUAAAAGCAGUAUUCGACCUAUUUAUGGUAUUUGUGUACCACAAAGUUGUAAUGCAAAUGAUAUUUUGACUAAUAUUAAUAAACGUAUUAUUCGAAUUCCAUUUAUUAGUAGAUAUAUUCCGUUAUCAAAUGAUAGUAUUCAUUGUAUUGAUCAACGUUCAUAUGACACAAAAGCAAUAUUUACAAUUGUACUUUUAACUUUAAUGGCUUUUCUUAUUUUUGUUGCUACUGGAAUGCAUAUUGCAUAUGGUCAUGAACAUGAUUUAAAAAUAGAUCAUACGACUACGACAGCUUAUGAACCAAUCGAUAGUCAAACAAUAACAACAACUGAAGCAUUAAUAACAACAGUUACUACGUCUCAAUCAGAAAAUCCGAUUGAUGAACAUGAUGAAGUUACACCAUUAAUUUCACGACCACGAAAAGCUGUUGAUUCAGUGGCACAACAUUUUAUUAGUUGUUGUUCAUUAAUUCAUAAUUAUCGUAUAUUAAAACGUGAAAAUCAACCAAAAAAUCUUGCUUUUUUAAAUGGUAUUCGUGUUCUUUCACUUUGGUGGAUUAUUCUUGGUCAUACAUUUUUAUUUGCUGCUUAUUAUUCGGAUAAUGUAAGAUCUAUUUUUAAUUGGUCACGUCAAGUUUGGUUUCAAAUUAUUGUACAAGCUAUAUUUAGUAUUGAUUCAUUUUUUGUUUUAAGUGGUUUACUUACUGCAUUCAUAUUUUUUAUAUCAAAAACUGAAAAUGAACCAUUUUCAACAUUAAAAUUUCUUCUUAAUCAUUAUAUUUAUCGUUAUUUAAGAUAUACAAUAUUUUAUGCUAUUAUUUUACUUAUCUAUAUAACUCUUUCACCAUAUCUUGGUCAAUAUGGUCCUAUUUAUCCAAUUAAUGGUAUUGAAACAUCAACAUGUCGACGUACUUGGUGGCGUAAUUUACUUUAUAUAAAUAAUUUUUUUGAUCUGCGUGAUAGUUGUAUGACGAUAACAUGGUUUGUAGCAGUAAAUAUGCAAUUUCAUUGGAUUUCACCAUUAUUUUUAUUGACUACUGCAUGGAAUUGGGCUUUUGGAAUGCUUGUAGCCACUGGUUUUAUUCUAGUUGAUAUUAUAACAACAUCAGUAAUUGUAUCAAAAAAUAAUUAUGAUCAUGGAAUUUUAAGUGAUUUAUAUUCAAAUAGAUCUAAUUGGUCAAAUACAAGUCAUAAUUAUACGAAUGAUGUUUAUGUUAAACCAUGGUGUCGUAUUGCUCCAUAUGCUAUUGGUUUAAUACUUGGUUAUACUAUUUAUGAACUAUAUAAACGUUCAAAUACAAUAUCAUGGAAUUCACUUUUACCACAACGACAAUCUACACGAUUAAAUCUAAUAAAACAAAUUUUAGCUUGGCUUAUUGCUUUAUUUAUUUUAGCAUUGUGUAUAUUUGGUACAUAUGGAGAUUAUAAUGGACAUUCAUUAAAUCGAUCAGAACGUAUUGCAUUUCUUACUUUAUCAAGACUUGGAUGGUCUAUUGGAUUAAGUAUAAUUAUAAUAGCUUGUUUCAUUGGACAAGGAGGAAUAGCCAAUAAGUUACUUAGUCAUCGAUUCUUUGAUUCAUUGGGAAAAUUAACUUAUGGUGCUUAUCUUUGGCAUGCAUUAGUUAUUUUUGUUAAUUAUAUUAGUCGUGAUCAACCUACUCAUUAUACCAUGGCUAAUAUUUUAUAUGAUUCUAUUAUUCAUAUAAUCAUUGCAUAUAUUUUAUCAUUCUUUACUUUUCUUUUUAUUGAAUUACCAAUAAUAAAACUAUUAAAAAAUGCUUUCAAACGUCCAACAUUUUCAUCAUAA